AGCUUCAAACGACGCGUCGACUAUUAAAUCAGUCGUCGACGAUUUUGAUAGUCGACGUAAUCGUGACUAGUCGACUAAUCGUGGCAGCCCUACUUUGUAAUAAUACCACUUGCAGUUGAACUAGUCGGAAAGAAAUUGCACAAACUGCCUUGUUUCAACAGUAGCAUCCUGUUACACUGCUACGCUCUUUAGAGCGACCCAUUCUUUUACAAAUGCUUGUGAAGGCAGACUGCAUGGCGAAUUGCUUGGGUUUUUUCUUCUUCUUAUAAACCUGUGGCAACGAGGUGUGUCCUAAUACUUUUGUCCAUAUGGCGUAGCAUCUAGAAACAACAGCCAGCAUUCUGACACUUUACAACUUCCUGUUUUGUGCACAGAUCUUUCUUUAAGAAUGUCAAUAAUUUUUUUUAAAAAGCUCAAAGUUAAAUUGUCAUCAGGAAAUGGACACUGGUUUGGAGUCGGUGUGAAAAGCAAAAUGGGGAUUGCAUUUGCCAAAACACAGACUGUUUACCUGCAUACAGGCCAAAGCCUGCUGUAUGAUCGGCCAACACAGCAUGUAAUGCAAACAGACUGAAAGCUUCCAGCACCCGAUUUUCUCUCCCUCGUCUGAGAACUGUGCUUAUUUAAAUGCUGAUGUAUCUUUGUAGAGAUUAGCUCAGGAUAAAGAUGGAGGAAACGCUCUGGUUCUGUCCAAAGGUGACAGAUUUGACCAACCGGCAGCCCUGAAGUCCUGAAGUAGUACACAAUAAGAUAAAUUCUAUGCAUUCUUUUCGUUUUCUUUGCCAGGAAAUUAGAUAAGCUUUGAAAGCUGUGAAAUUAAAAGCAAAGUGCAGCUGCUAAUGAAAGCACAUGUGACGUGAUUGAGAGCUUGUAAGGAAACAUGGCUCCAGUAAGGAUUUUUAAGCGCUUGUUUCCAAGAUAAAGAUGAACCUUUGACUUCAGCAUUUAAUUGAAUGCAGUAUUCAGUUCCAUGUAAUAACAUAGCUGCAGGAUGUGCUGGCUGUGCUGUCUGACUAGAACUCAGUUUUAUAGUGUUUAUGUUUUUAUAAGCAGCCUGAGCCUGACAUUGGGCUUAUAAUAAAGGGCUGAGCAGGCCAGGUGACAUUAAGCAGGGAGUUCAGGGAUAAACCAGCGGAGACGAGCUCCCUGCAGAUCCACAACAUAAUAGCUGAGAGAGAAAUUGAGACUGGGUCAGACCAGUAAUAAGCUGACAGAGUGGAUGCUCUUGCUGAAUCAUAGCAAAGAUCUUUUUAAUCAUUUUAAUGUUGUUGUCCACAAUGUUUUUGAAGAAGACUGUAAGCCUGGUAAACGGGUUCAUGUUUUCCAUUUUUAUGCUCGAUAUUUGUAGCUCCCUCCCUGUCCAAUCAUCUUUAAUUUGUGGUAAUUAAUACCCAUUUCCUCGGCUGCUUUCAGACAACUUAUAUUAUAUUCCUUUCCAGCCCUCUAAGCGUUCUCCCUUCUUCUGCUUUUCUCUGAGCACCCUCAUUUUCCUGGUGAAUUCAUGCUGCUUGAUGCCUCUUUCGUUUUUAACUGUCUCUGAAUCCUUUUUUCCCCUCUUCUCUUCUUGUACAAGCGAUCCGUCCUCGCUUCUUUCUCUGUCUCUGAUUGUGCCCUUCUAUGCUCGGCGUGGUCGUCCCUCUAAAAAAGAGCUGAACUCGUCCUUUUUCCGUUGCCAAGACAUAAACAAUGCAGCCCCCUCCACCGCUAGCCGUCUCCCUCCCUUUCUCUGUUCUUCUCCUCUUCCAGCUUGUGCAGUCUGGGUGUGGUGGUAGCGCUUAGGGAUGCUGUAAAGACAUGGCUGCUGAAAGCGAUGGUCUAUAUUUUAAGGCUGUCUCCGGUCUUUUAAAAAUUCCGAAAAAAUAGCUGUGCAGUUACCAGUCGUGCAGGAGGAGAUGCUUUAUCAGCAUGGACCCAUGGCAAAGCUUGAAUUACAAAACCUCUGGGAUUACUACCCCAGGCACUACAUUAAAUUCAGUGUAAUAAAAUCUGUUCUUACUAUUCAUUUCCCCCCUCAGGAACAGGAUAAAGCACAGGGUCUUCUUUGGUUUAGCUUGUUUGAUGUCCUGCUUCAGCUGUGGAGCAAGCAGAGGUUGUUCUUUAUAGUGAAGCACGCCAUCCCCGGCGCUUUUUCGUGUUUGUUUCAGACUUGGAUGUCAACAAAAGUGUUAGUGUGUCAUGCUGAUUUUUAUGCCCCGUUUCUUUUCUUGUGACUCCAGAUGACAGACCGCAGAGUCACAGUGUUUAUCUCACAGUCUCUGUCCCUUUCUUCCUCUUUUUUAAAAUGUAUUUAUUUUCCUUCCCUCCCCAGUCCACCCGGUGGAGAUGGCAAAUCAGGUUCCAGCACUUUACCGCCAAUCAAAUCAAAGACCAACUUCAUUGAAGCCGACAAGUACUUCUUGCCGUUUGAGCUGGCAUGUCAAUCCAAAUGUCCCCGCAUCGUCAUCACCUCGCUCGACUGUUUACAGAAGCUGAUAGCGUAUGGCCACCUGACGGGCAGCGCCCCGGACAGCACGGCUCCGGGCAAGAAGCUCAUCGACAGGAUCAUCGAGACCAUCUGCGCUUGUUUUCAAGGACCUCAGACUGACGAGGGCGUGCAGCUACAGAUUAUUAAGGCUCUCUUGACAGCGGUGACAUCUCAGCAUAUAGAAAUCCACGAGGGUACUGUUCUGCAGGCCGUCCGCACCUGUUACAACAUCUACCUGGCCAGCAAGAACCUCAUCAAUCAGACCACAGCCAAGGCCACGCUCACACAGAUGCUCAACGUUAUCUUCGCACGCAUGGAGAACCAAGCACUUACAAAUCACAGGCUAUCUUGGUCUCUGGCCUCCAGAAAGCGUGACCGCCAGCUGCAAGAAGCAAAACAGCUGGAGAGAGAGCGGCACAGGCAGCACUCCCCAGUCACUCAGCACACCGAGCCAGACUCCGCCCAGCACCAGACCCACAUUCAUUCGCCGGCGAAGGGUCCGACACGGGAGGCCAACGGGCCCCUCACCCCUCCGACUCCCAGCAUCACCACCCCGUCCACCCCAUCGACGCCCUCGACACCGGCUCCGGAGAGCAGCGGCAGGUCUGCCCCCAAAGAGCAGGAGGAGCAGAGGGAGCAGGAGGAGAAGGGAGAGAACCCAGACCCAGAAAACGGUUCAGAGUUCUGCGUGGCUGAAAGUGAACAAACCGAGGCAGACCAAGCCACUGCAGCAGCAGAAAGUGCAGCAGCCCAGAAGCAUGCAGAGGCAGCUGAGGAGGAGGACGGGGAGACCCCAAACUAUGAGGAGAAAGCCCAGGAAAUAGUCCAGAGUAUUCUGCAAGAGGUGGUCAAUACUGUUGCAGGAGGCCACUGCCUGGACCCAGCAAACCUGUGCUCUGACACCAAGGAGUCUGGUGGCGAGGGAGAACCAGCAGAGUCAGAGCCUGCAGAAGCGGCAACAGAGGGCACCCAGAGCUCCCUGGAGGAUGAGGGCACUGUGGGUAGCGACAGCGAGCACGUCCAUGCCAACGGCAUCCCCGGCACACCUAUUUCUGCCAGCUUCACCCCCUCCCUGCCUGAUGACAGACUCUCCGUCUCAUCCAACGACACUCAGGAAUCAGGAGCAGCACCGGGCCAGCCGCCAGGUGCUAAAUUCUCCCACAUCCUUCAGAAAGAUGCCUUUCUUGUCUUUCGCUCGCUCUGCAAGCUGUCAAUGAAACCGCUAUCAGAUGGGCCACCUGAUCCGAAGUCCCACGAGUUGCGGUCGAAGGUCUUGUCCCUCCAGCUGCUGCUGUCCAUCCUGCAAAACGCCGGGCCCAUCUUUAAGACCAACGAGAUGUUCAUAAACGCCAUCAAGCAGUACCUGUGUGUGGCUCUGUCCAAGAAUGGGGUCUCCUCUGUGCCUGAGGUCUUCGAACUGUCUCUUUCCAUUUUCCUCACUCUCCUUUCUCACUUCAAGACACACCUCAAGAUGCAAAUCGAGGUGUUCUUCAAGGAGAUUUUCCUGUAUAUUCUUGAGACGUCCACAAGCUCCUAUGACCACAAAUGGAUGGUUAUACAAACCCUCACUAGAAUAUGUGCAGACGCCCAGAGUGUGGUGGACAUCUACGUGAACUAUGACUGUGACUUGAAUGCUGCUAACAUAUUUGAACGGCUGGUCAACGACCUCUCGAAAAUUGCACAAGGUCGUGGAGGCCAUGAGCUUGGGAUAACCCCCCAGCAGGAGCUGACCCUGAGAAAGAAAGGCCUUGAGUGUCUAGUGUCAAUCCUGAAGUGUAUGGUGGAGUGGAGUAAAGACCAAUACGUCAACCCCAAUUCCCAGACCAGCCUCGGCCAAGAGAAACCAUCAGAACAAGAAAGCACAGAGUCCAAGGCUCCGGAGACCAUAAACCGCUAUGGGAGCAUUAACUCGCUGGACUCCACAGCCUCGUCCGGUAUCGGAAGCUACAGCACGCAGAUGUCUGGUACUGACAACCCAGAGCAGUUUGAAGUGCUCAAGCAGCAAAAGGAGAUCAUCGAGCAGGGCAUCGACCUGUUUAACAAGAAACCAAAGAGAGGAAUUCAGUACCUUCAGGAGCAAGGCAUGCUGGGUACAACCCCUGAGGACCUUGCUCAGUUUUUGCACCAGGAGGAGAGGCUCGAUUCGACUCAAGUGGGAGAAUUCCUCGGGGAUAAUGACCGUUUCAAUAAAGAGGUGAUGUACGCCUACGUGGAUCAAAUGGACUUCCAGGGCAAAGACUUUGUCUCUGCGCUGAGGAUGUUCCUGGAGGGCUUUCGGCUGCCCGGAGAGGCCCAGAAAAUCGACCGGCUCAUGGAGAAAUUUGCAGCGAGAUAUCUUGAAUGCAACCAGGGGCAAACGCUCUUUGCCAGCGCUGACACUGCGUAUGUCCUCGCCUACUCAAUCAUUAUGUUGACAACAGACCUUCACAGUCCACAGGUUAAGAAUAAAAUGACAAAAGAGCAAUAUAUCAAGAUGAACCGGGGCAUCAAUGACAGCAAAGACCUACCUGAGGAAUAUCUCUCAGCCAUCUACGACGAGAUCGCGGGGAAAAAGAUCGCCAUGAAGGAGACAAAAGAGCUCACCAUGAAAUCCAACAAGCAAAGUGUGGCCAGCGAGAAGCAGAGGCGCCUGCUGUACAACUUGGAGAUGGAGCAGAUGGCUAAGACGGCCAAAGCUCUGAUGGAGGCCGUCAGCCACGUGCAGGCUCCCUUCACCAGUGCCACACAUCUGGAGCAUGUCAGACCCAUGUUCAAGCUGGCAUGGACGCCCUUCCUGGCCGCCUUCAGCGUGGGGCUUCAGGACUGCGACGACACUGAGGUGGCCUCGCUGUGUCUUGAAGGAAUCCGCUGUGCCAUCAGGAUCGCGUGCAUCUUCUCCAUUCAGCUGGAGAGGGAUGCGUAUGUGCAGGCUCUGGCCAGGUUCACCCUGCUCACAGCCACCUCAGGCAUUGCAGAAAUGAAGCAGAAGAACAUUGACACCAUCAAGACCCUCAUCACUGUGGCCCACACAGAUGGAAACUAUCUGGGAAACUCCUGGCAUGAGAUCUUGAAAUGCAUCAGUCAGCUGGAGCUGGCUCAGCUGAUUGGUACUGGGGUCAAGGCACGCUACAUCUCAGGGACGGUGCGGGGCAAAGAGGGCUUCAUUGCGAGCACGAAGGAGCAGAGCAGCGAUGAGUACCUGGGUCUAGUUGGAGGGACUGUGGACCGUAAGCAGAUUGCCAGCAUUCAGGAGUCCAUCGGAGAGACCAGCUCUCAGAGUGUGGUGGUGGCUGUGGACAGGAUAUUCACAGGUUCUACCAGACUGGACGGUAAUGCAAUAGUUGAUUUCGUGCGCUGGCUGUGCGCCGUGUCCAUGGAUGAGCUGGCCUCGCCCACACACCCGCGUAUGUUCAGCCUGCAGAAGAUAGUGGAGAUCUCCUACUACAACAUGGGUCGCAUCAGGCUGCAGUGGUCCAGGAUCUGGGAGGUUAUUGGAGACCACUUUAACAAGGUUGGGUGCAAUCCCAAUGAAGAUGUGGCCAUUUUCGCGGUGGAUUCUCUUCGGCAGCUGUCCAUGAAGUUUUUGGAAAAGGGGGAGCUGGCUAACUUCAGAUUCCAGAAAGACUUCCUGAGGCCUUUUGAGCACAUCAUGAAGAAGAACAGGUCUCCCACCAUCCGAGACAUGGUGGUGCGCUGUAUCGCCCAGAUGGUUAACUCCCAGGCAGCGAACAUCCGUUCAGGAUGGAAAAACAUCUUCUCCGUCUUCCACCUGGCUGCCUCUGACCAAGAUGAGAGCAUCGUGGAGCUGGCCUUCCAGACCACUGGUCAUAUCGUCACGAAUGUAUUUGAAAAGCACUUUGCGGCUACAAUCGACUCCUUCCAGGAUGCCGUGAAGUGUCUGUCAGAGUUUGCCUGCAAUGCCUCAUUCCCAGACACCAGCAUGGAAGCCAUCCGCCUCAUCCGACACUGCGCCAAAUACGUCUCAGAUAGGCCACAGGCCUUCAAAGACUACACCAGUGAUGAUAUGAAUGUAGCGCCCGAGGACCGUGUGUGGGUGCGGGGUUGGUUCCCUAUUCUCUUUGAGCUCUCCUGCAUCAUCAACAGGUGUAAACUGGAUGUCAGGACCAGGGGGCUUACAGUGAUGUUUGAAGUGAUGAAGACCUAUGGGCACACCUUUGAAAAACACUGGUGGCAGGAUCUGUUCAGAAUUGUCUUCAGGAUCUUUGACAACAUGAAGCUGCCCGAGCAACAGACUGAGAAAGCAGAGUGGAUGACGACUACCUGCAACCACGCACUUUACGCCAUCUGCGAUGUCUUCACCCAAUACUUUGAGUCCCUCAAUGGCGUCCUGCUGGAUGACAUCCUUGCUCAGCUCUACUGGUGUGUGCAGCAAGAUAAUGAGCAGCUCGCCCGUUCAGGCACAAACUGUCUAGAGAAUGUGGUCAUCCUUAAUGGAGAGAAGUUUUCCCCAGAAACCUGGGACAAGACAUGUAACUGCAUGCUGGACAUCUUCAAGACAACAAUCCCACACGCGCUUUUAACAUGGAGACCAGCGGGGGCAGAGGGAGAGCACUUAUCAACACAGAGCCUGCCUGACAAACAGCUGGACUCAGUUUCCCAGAAGUCAUUGGACAUCCAGUCGCGCUCUGAUGACCAGCAUUCCAUCAGCAGCUCCGACAGAGCUGCGAUGGAGAAUCGUCGGCAGAGUCAGUACAGCUCAGCCUCAGGCGUGACCGAGGACGGUCCAAGGAGUAGGACCCAAACAAAGAUCCAGGAGCAGCGUUUAUUCUCGGCUUUACUCAUAAAGUGCGUCGUGCAGCUGGAGCUGAUCCAGACCAUCGACAACAUCGUCUUUUUCCCCGCCACCAGUAAGAAGGAAGAUGCGGAGAACUUUGCAGCUGCUCAGCGGGAUGCUGUGUGUUCAGUAGACGUCUCCGUGGAGACCCAGGACCAGGGAAUGUAUCGCUACCUGACCUCUGAGCAGCUUUUUAAGUUGCUGGAUUGCCUGCUGGACUCGCACCACUUUGCCAAGGCUUUCAACUCCAACAACGAGCAAAGAACCUUGCUGUGGAAAGCAGGUUUCAAAGGAAAGUCGAAGCCCAAUCUCCUGAAGCAGGAGACCAGCAGCCUGGCAUGUGGGCUGCGCAUCCUGUUUCGCAUGUACACAGACGAGAGCCGCCGGGACGCCUGGGAGGAGGUCCAGAGACGACUGCUCAACGUGUGCAGCGAGGCUGUAGCAUACUUCUUGGCCCUGACCUCAGAAAGCCACAGAGAAGCGUGGACCAACCUGCUGCUGCUCUUCCUCACCAAGGUGCUAAAGAUCAAUGAUGAAAGGUUCAAAGCUCAUGCAUCCAGAUACUACCCUCUUCUGUGUGAGAUCAUGCAGUUCGACCUGAUCCCCGAGCUCCGAGCUAUCCUAAGAAAGUUUUACCUGCGUAUCGGCAUCGUGUUUAACAUUGCACAGCUGCCAGAGCCUCAGCAGGCCCGUGAGCCAGAGACUGACAUGGAGGUUGGGGAGGAGGUUGGGGAGGAGGCUGGGGAGGAGGCCCAGUGACGCUGCACCGCAAACAGCCUGGAGCACGAAGCUCUACCGAGGCCUCCGUCGUAGAUUCGCAUGGCCGUGCUGGUGCUCUGUGCUGCCUCAGGGGCCUCGGUGUGUUUUUAUGCCGAACACUUGAUUUAAAAUUGGCUGAUUGUCAGUCAGUUAUCUGUUAACAUCCACCCGCUCCCUUAACCCUGUCACCACACACACAGACACGCCUGUACACACAAACAGCCCAGACGGAGUCCUUGCUAACACUAUAAAAACAUGUCUUGUACCAUGUGUAGCGAUGCCUCUACUGGAUAAAACUACUGAUAACCAACUGACAGUUAUCCAUAUCUGAUCUGCUCAGAAGGAAGAUAUAAAAAAAAAAAAAAGGUGUGCUUCUUACUGUAUAUUUAAAACAAAGAAUGAAUGGUUUCAGCAACAUGCAAAAAGACAUAUUCUGCAACUAUGACAGUGACGUUUGUCACACGUUGAUAGUAAUGAUCUCUCUGUCUGCACUGCAGAUGGCUAACAUUAGUAUGGAUAGCCUCUUGGAUGAUACUAGUUGUACAGAUCUGAUCUGCCGUUGUGUAAUAUAAUCUUAUAAACACUAAAUUUCUUUUAUUUUUGUUUAAAUUUGUUUUCCUUCUCUGGAUUUGCUGCACUUGAGCUGUUUUGUUUUUGUUUUUCAAAUGCACUGGAGAUUUUACUUUUGUGAUAAUUUAUUUGACUGUACCACCUCCUGCAGAUUGUCCUAAACAGUACGAUUUGUAAUUAAACUAAGACCGCGGAAAGUGAUGGGUUAAAUUAUUCCAUUUUAUAUGUUAUGAGGUUUUUAACCGAAAUAGACGAUAACGGGGCUUCUAUAACUGGAAGACGACAGCAAACUGAUUCUAGCUGCUUUUUUUGAGUCACUAGUCUGUUUUCAUGUGAGUUUAGUUUUCACUCUUGUGUAUAAAAAUCAGAAGUUAAUAAUAUAUUUAAUGGUUUUUUUCUUUGGUCUGGGGGAAAGAUAUAUGUAUAGAGAAAAUGACAAAUGUUAGCUGUGCUUUAAGUAUGACUGGGGUGCAUUCCUGCUCAUGGAUGUAGAAAACAAAUGUAUAUGAUACAGCAAUGUAAAGUUUUCUAUGUUGCAAAAGAAUAUGUACAACUUUCUGUACAAUACAUCAUCUGGCAUUCUAAUCAGGUUCUAGGUCAAUAAAGUUUUUGAACUUGGUUGAUUUGAAA